GGACGGCAUGUCGGGCGGCCGAGGGAGGGUCGCCGCCGCGCUCGCAUUCCUCGUCCUGUCCCUGCAGAUUGAUAACACAUCCCCAAAGAUUGACCAAUUAACGCUGGCGACACUGAUCAAAGACCAGACAGAUGCCUGUUUUAGAAGACUGAAUGAAACGGUGCAGCCUAAUAUUACAGGAUACUGUCAUGGCGGACCUGACUAUCUCGGUUCCUGUUGGCCCAAUGCUGCACCUGGUCAAGUCGUGACGUUACCCUGUCCUCAGCACAUCGCCUUCUUCAACCAUUCCAGAACUGUCCAACGUACCUGCGGGAACGGAACUUGGAACAUGAACCGCCUUAACCUUACUGAAGACUACCCGAGUAGGUGCUACAUCCACAAAGAGCCCGACAUGACGGACCUGUACACUGUGCAGAUCAUCUACACAGUUGGCUACUCCCUGUCCCUGGCGUCUCUCACUGUUGCUAUGGGGAUCAUCAUUAGAUUCAGGAAACUCCACUGUAUCCGGAAUUACAUCCACCUGCACCUGUUUGUGUCCUUCAUCCUCCGAGCGGUGUUUAUCUUCAUCAAAGACGCCGUGCUGUUCGGGGGGAUCGGACAACAGACGUACAAUGACUUUGAGGACAAGAUUUGGUGCAAGAUCGUUGUGACCUUGUACAACUACUUCAUCGCUGCCAACUACUUCUGGCUGCUGGUGGAGGGACUCUUCCUGCACUCCCUCAUCGCCGUAGGCUUCUUCUCCGAACGGAAGUACUUCCGGUGGUACAUGGUGCUGGGAUGGGGUGCUCCGUGGCUGUUCAUGAUUCCAUGGAUCGCAGUACGAGUCACCCUGCAGGACACACGAUGCUGGGAAAUCAAACACCUGCAGUACUGGUGGAUCUACAGGGGACCCAUCCUGGUGUCUGUACUGGUCAAUUUUGUCCUCUUCCUAAACAUAGUUCGAAUCCUGGCCGUCAAAUUGAAACAGGCAAACAGAAGCAGGGAACAUUCCACUCAAUACAAGAAGCUGACCCGAUCCACACUUGUGUUGAUCCCACUCUUCGGUGUCCACUACAUCGUCUUUAUCGGCCUUCCUGAAGACGUCACGGGACAGGUGAAAUAUGUCAGCUACUUCUUCGACACUUUCAUGAACUCAUUCCAGGGGAUGAUAGUGGCCGUACUAUACUGCUUUUUAAAUGGAGAGGUUCAGUCGGAGCUGAAGAGAAGGUGGGGUCUGUGGCGGGAAAGUCGAGAACUGGGCUGGGAACGACAGAGCGGACUGCCAACCACCACUCUUUCAUUGGUCAGUCGGGGAUCACGUGACAGCCCCGGAAACUCGCCCCCUCGUUCCCCCCGGAUAUCCCGGGUGCUGCCGGACUCGCCGGUACUGCUACACUACAGAGAGUACCGCGUGGGAGAUACCACUUUGUGAGAAGUACACGAGACUGGAUUAAAGAGUAACUCACCAUUCACCAAUUUCACACUUCCCACAAUGCCUAGUAACGGUCACGGAUAUGACGUAAGA